CCAAUCAGCUCCGUAAUGAUCGACAGGCGCGGGAAUAGCAGGGCGCGGCGCCGCCUCCUCCAGCUCCCGACCCUGGAUCUGGCGACACGCACCUCCCCGCCAGGAAGCCGCCCUGCUAUAUAUAUCACCUCCACGCCUAGCACCUUCAGUCUUCUGCACAGGCCCGCUCAGGACACAGAACCAGAGAUGAAGCGCGUGGCAGUCUUGGUGUUGCUGGCCGCGGCGGUGAUGGCCAAUCCGGAGGCUGAGGCAGAGGCUGAGGCUGAGGCCGAGGCUGAUCCCAAGGCGCAGCCAGCCGCCGACGCUGACGCAGACCCCGAAGCUGAGGCCGGGUACCUGCCACACUACCCUCCCCCGCCGCGCUGCUACCCGAAGACUCACUACGUCACAGACUACAAGACUCAGGUGCAGCAGGUGCCGGUGUACUCCACGCUGGUGAAGCACCAGGUGGUGCCCAAGACGGUGUACCAGCCGGUGUACAAGACCAUCCACAACACCAACUACCAGACCCAGUACGUGCCCAAGUACGUGACCCAGACGGCGUACAAGACCGAGCACAAGUACGUGACGCAGCACCGCACGCUGUACCACACGCAGUACAACACCCAGUACGUCACCACCACGCUCCUGGUGCCCAAGUACAUCACCACGUCGCUGCACCACACCCAGUACGUCACCGAGACCCAGCACAAGGUGGUGCACAAGACCGCCUACCUGCCCAAGUACAUCACCUCCAACCUGGUGCAGUACCACACCCAGUACGAGACGCAGGUGGUGCCCCAGUACGUCACCAUCACCAAGGAGCGCCACACCUACAAGACGGUGUGCCCCAAGGUGGCCGUCGCGGUGCCCGUCGCUCCUGUCGCCCCAGUGGCACCCAUCAACCCAGGUUACGGCGGCGGUUACGGAUACGGUUACUAAAAAGCAGACACACAGACGCCCGCGAUACAUCUCUGGCCCGUCCUGCUUUCAUCCUUCUCUCUGCCCCUUCCCUUACGGAGACUCUCUAACCAUGUAAAUAUCACGCCGGCCUCAGGAGGAGCUCGUGUAAAUAAUGUAUUCAGAAAGGAAUUAGAGUUUUCACCAAAGUCAUCUUCGCUAACAUUUCUCCCGCUUCUUGUAUUUCUUUCCUCCACUAUCAGAGAAGAAUAAAAACUUCCUCAAACAGA